AUGAGGCUUCUCAUCGCUCUAACCGUCGGUCUAUUGACCGGCGUCUCAGCCACUCCAGUCGGCACACCCACCAUCAACGACCGCGACGCAACGUCCGUCCAAGAGACCGUCAGCCUCUGCACACAAUACGCCUACCACUCCGCCAACGGCUACGAGAUCCUCAACAACCUCUGGGGCAAGGACCAAGCCACCUCCGGCUCCCAAUGUACCUACUACGAAGGCAGUUCUGGAAACGGAGGUAUCAAGUGGAGCACGGAUUGGGUAUGGCAAGGCGGCCAAGACAACGUAAAGAGCUAUGCCUACGCGGGCAAGAUCCUCACAAAGGGGCAAAAGAUCUCGCAGAUUACUAGUAUGCCGACGCAGGUGGAGUGGUCUUAUAAUCAGACUAGCAAUGUGAGGGCGAAUGUCGCAUAUGAUGUUUUUACUGCCGCGGAUCCGAAUCAUGUUAAUAGUAGUGGGGAUUAUGAGCUUAUGGUCUGGCUCGGUCGUCUGGGAGGUGUAUGGCCCAUCUCGCAAUCCGGAGCCCCCGUCGCUACCGUCACCAUCGCUGGAUACACCUUCGAUCUAUACACCGGCUACAACGGAUCGAUGCGAGUUUACAGUUUUGUGCGGGCUGGCAACAGUGAUAUCAAGAGCUUUAGUGCUGAUAUCAAGCUGUUCUUCAACUAUUUGGUGCAGACUCAGCAGUACCCAGCGAGUACACAGAAUCUUAUUGUCUACCAGAUUGGUACGGAGGCUUUCACGGGCGGCCCGGCUAGGUGGUCGGCUUCGAGCUUCAGUGUCGAUGUCAAGGUUUAG